AUGGCGGCGGCGGCAGCAGCAGCGGCAGCAGCGGCGCCUGAGGAGGGGCGGCAGUGGCAGCGGCGGCGGCGGCGCCAGGCGGAAGCGCGGGCUCGGCAGGCCGCGCUGUGGGGCCGGGCGCGGAGCCUGUGCCGUCGGCUGCGGGCGCUGCAGGCCCGGCAGGUGGAGCGGCACGUUCGGCAGCAGCUGGCUGGGCUAGUGCGGAGCGCCGGGCGGCCGGGCGCGGGCCCUUCUCCCGCCGCGGGCCCCGCUCCCGCCGCGCUGGGUUCGGAGCUGCGGCAGCUGGCCGCCAGCGCCACCGCCCGCCUCCGCGCCGCCCAGCGCGCCUGCGACUCGGACGCCACCGACAGCGCCAGCGCCUCGUCGGCGGCCUCCUCCUGCGCCGCCUCCGCCGCCUCGGCCUCCUCCUCUUCCUCCUGCUGCUCGUCUUCCUCGGACAGCGAGAGCCCUGAGAGCCCGCCUGAGCGCGGCUCCGUGGACGCGCGACGACGCCUAGCGGAGCGCCAAUGGGCGAUGGAGAGAGCAGCCAUUAUCUGUCGGUGGACAUGGCUACAGGCUCAGGUUUCAGAUUUGGAGUAUCGCAUAAGGCAACAGACAGAUGUUUACAAGCAACUCCGUGCCAACAAGGGCCCAGUUGUCCUGGGUGAUCUCCAGCAUGAGGAUGUGAUGAAACAGCAGGGUCGACUGGGUUCUGGAGCAGUGGUAAACUCCAGGAAAAAUAAAGUACUGCCUCCGUCUUCCUCCCACCUGAAGGUGCCUACAGGAGACAGACAGUGUGACUUGUCUCCCUGCAUCUCUUCCUACCUCCUGCAGAAUGCAGAGAAACAGAAUUCUCGCCUUGCGCAGUCUUUAAGAAACCUUGUGUGUCAAAAUCCCUCCUGUACACCCAUCAAUGGGUCUCCAGAGCCCCCAAAAGCCUGCACGUCACCCCAUCAAGUCAACGGAAUAAGUAACUGUUUCAACACAUGCUCCACUAGCAACUCCAAGGAUGGUGUGGGUGCUGAUAGGCUUCUCAAGAAACCGAAGCAACUGAACAGCAGCCUGCCUGCUGCACCAUCUGCCCUUGACAACAGCUGUGUUGCUGCUAGAAUCCGUCCAAUUUGCAGAUACAGGAAACGAAGGCUGGUGAGAGUCAACACAGUUUCUCACCUUAGUAGAAAGCCACAGAAACCUCUCAACAUGAAGUGUAACUGUGAACGGCCCAAUUCCUGCAUUUUGUGUGACUGUAAGGCCUCUGUUCAGACCAUUGACCCAGAGACUAUGUCUUUAGAGGAGCGGGUAGCUCUCUUGGACUCUGGCUUUCAUCCCAUACUAUCAUUUUCUCAUGGCAGCCCUCUUCAUUUACACUUCGAAGCCUUGCUAAGAGAGGACCACAGGCUAAACCAUAAACUUCAGACUCUGAAGAUACCCCAUUGGGGGUUGAAAGACCUGACCAACAACAUUUCCUCAUCUUCUCUCUCUGCAUCUGGUUCUCUGCUGAAAGGGUCAGCCAGUCACAGCUUGUUUGCUCCCAGCCCUCAGACCCACAAAACUAGCUCUUUGCACCAUGUGCCAUCUUUGUGCCUGGAAAAUGCUCCCACUGCACACUCCAACCAAGUCCCUGGAAAUUCCACGGCUGCUGGCAGCUCCGCAUUGCCUGCAAAGAAGAAAAAAGUGGAAUGUUCCUAUGACAUUAACAAUAUCGUGAUCCCAAUGUCAAUGGCUGCAGCUACACGUGUGGAGAAGCUGCAGUAUAAAGAGAUUUUGACGCCAAGCUGGAGAAUGGUGGAUCCCAAAGAGCUGAGGAUGUUAGGAGAAGUAGACUCCGAGCUGGAAGAUACUUCCAAUGAGACAUAUCUGAAUCAUCACCAAAAAUUUGAAGAGCUGGAACGCACCCGCUGGGAUUCCUGGGCAGGAAGCGUUUCUCACAGGCGUGGGAACAGGGCUUCCAACAAAGGAGAUGGCCGAUGGAUACCCCAGCCAAGCUCUCCAGAUACCACAUCACAUAAUCUUAACCAUUUCCAGUGUGGGAGCUCUCCAACAGGGUCUCUCAGCCCAGAGUUUUCCAGUGUCCUGAAGCCCCUUCCUAUAAAGGGCAGAGGCAGAGGAGGCCUGUCCUUUAGUGAAGACACAAGUUUCUCCAUCUCGGAUAUGGAAGAUGAUUUCCAGAAUGUCCAGCCAUGGGAGCCCCGCACAUUUCCCCUUUCUGACACAGAGUAUCGAGAGCUUCAGGACCCAUCAUGUGAAGUUCUUGGCAAGCAGACAAGUUCCAUUCAGCCGUGCAACUCUGGAAGCCAUCAGGGCUUGAGGACUAACAGUAUAAAUUCCAGCACUUCUAAUUCCAGGGAACCAUUUGUGUCCAUUAGGCAGGUGCAACCAGAUGGCAACCAGCUGCAGCAGGACGAGUUUGCAGGCCAGCGCUGCAUCACGCCAAUGCUCAUCAACAACAGAUGAGUCCUGGGGCCCCAUGAUAACAAAUGGUAGAGUUGCACCCAUACUCUCUAGAUUGGUACCACAGAGCCUGGCUGGUGAGCUGGCCUGGCAAAGCAGUGGCAGCAGAAAGCACUGCUGCGCACGAAGCAGAGGUCCGGCUGUGAACUUGGCGCUCCUGCUCCCCCAGAUCAGUGAGGGCUGGACAGGCAGCAGAGGCAAAGUGCUGGGCCUUCGUAGUGCGGGAAGAGGGUGCCGUCCAGAAAAGCCCAUUUGCAGGUUGGUUCUGGACGGAAGGACCCGUAUGCCUCACCGGCAAGAAGGUUAGGUGCUGCUGCCCCAAGUGCAGCAGCCCAAGGUAACCCAACAAGGGAGCAGCAAAGAGUUUGAAAGACAGCCCAGAGAGGGGGAAGCGAAGCUGUUUCAAUGUAGGUGUCUGUUACUCAGGCAACACUUCUUUGGAGGGAUGCCAGUCAAUUGAACAUGCAGUCCUCAGAGGAUUUGAAUGCCAAUUUGGGGGCAAGAGUUAAGUAUUGAUUGUGGAAACUCAUUUGCACAGAUCACAGGCUUUGUCCCAUAGCCACAGAUAGCAAGGAGGGAUUUAACUGAAGGAUAGUUGGUGUGUAUGUGUGUGUGUGUGGGGGGGGGGCACUGAAUAAAUGUCUGCAGGGAAAGGUGGAUAUUUCCCUACUAAUUUUAUAUGUCUUUUAAUUUUAAAAUGUAGAUCUGAAAUCACCGAUCUUCUAACAUGCAAAUCAUGUUCUCUUGGCCUUGCAGAAAUGUUGUUGCUGAUAAUAAAUGACAAAUCACGAUAAAGCUUGUUUUUACGUUUCUUUCAGAGAAACUGGAAGUCCUGUUCAUUGUAUAUUCUAUUUUAACUACAAUACAAUAAAGCUGACUGGGCGGAUGAAACAGGUUUGCAGGUGGCCAGGUAUUAGGACAUUUCAAGAGCAAGAAAAGGGAAGGGGGGGGGCUUUCGUUUCCCCACGUGCUUGUAACAAUGCUACCUUCAUCUGGAAUAGCCUUGCUACCUUUAAACAGUUUAGAUUGAAUCUGCUUUAAAGCAUUCAUUUAUUAAAUUUCUAUCCAGCCCAUAGCCAAAGAUCUCUGUAUGUUUUACAAAAAUGAAAGCCCAUAAAAUACAGUAUAAUAGCAUGGUAUAAAGCUUCCAGGAAUACUUUAUGGUAAAGUAGAUUUCACAAUUAGUAUUGCAAUUAGAUUCCUCUUGAUUGAAGAGGAAGAAAUUGAGCCUGUGUGCUUGCAUGAGAGGGAGGCACACUUUGAAAUAUGCCUGCUUGGGAAAUAACUUUCAGUUAGAAUGUUUGAAAUCACCCUGCUGGUGGGAAAGGAUUUGUGGGGGUGUUCCGGUAAAGUGAAAGUAACUCAGGCAUGCCUCCUCCUCUUUUCCCUAUUCCCUUUUCAUUUAGUUUCUGGCAAAGCUUGGUUUUUCCUUGAGAAUGCUUUAAGGAAGUAUUGAUCAUGAUUAAGGUUUCUGGCAAUAGCAGCGUGUAAAUGUAUUUCAGUCACUCAGGUGGCUUUAUCUUUUUGGAAGGCAUUAUCAGACGAAUAAAUGGCUGAAUAACAUGUCAGCCUGUGGCACAGAUAAUGCCAUUUAGCAUGCCUGGCAGUGUUACUGGGGGCCCUUGGGCCUUGACAUGGGGCUGGAGAGGGUUUUCUGUUCUGGAGUCCUAUAUGCCACCAGCAGAAAGGGGGUUUCUGUAGUACUGGAUAGCUGGCUUAAUUGCCAGACCUGACCAACAAUGAUAAGCUUUUCAUUUCCCUUCUGAUACUUCUAGAUUUGUCCAGUUUGCUUAUUACUGAAAGGUUUCCUGAUUAGAGGACUCAACAUUCAAAGCCAUGCAGAACGUUUGUUAAAAACAGUUCCUUCUGCUCCGUGGACAGAAAGAAUGAGUGCUUUUACUAAAUACAAGAGUCUCUUAUCAUGCCUUAACUAGCAAGGAGGUUAGGAUACUAGCAAGGAGGCCCCAACGAUGUGUGAAGUGAAAUGGAAUACAAGCUGCUGAAAUACGAGUAAGACUGGACGAUUCUUUGGAGGGAGGGAAGGGAAGCUAUAAACUACGCUUUUAGACAAUUAGCAGACUAACAAAAGUGUAGAGGGUAGAGUUUAUAUUUAGCUUUAAAACAUCUUGAGGUGGUAAUUUUCAUGGCCUUCCUUUAAAAUGUUUUUUGAAAAUGAGAGUUUGUAAUAUCCAAAUUCAUUUGGUCGCACUUGUGUUAUUAUUAUUUAAAAGUUUGAAUUCAGGCAAGCAAGCACAUAUCAUUUGUGAGCCCAGCACGCUCUACUAGGAACACAUUUUGUGUAGCUGUUUGUAGACUUCCUUCUGUUUCUGCAUUUUCAUAUGUUCUGAUAAUGACUUAAGUUGGGAAAGGCUCGUUUUUGAGGAAUGACUUAAAGGCGUGUUGUGCACACCUGUGAAAGAAGAAAAAUAAACUUAGGGACUCAUACAAAUGCA